GCACGACUCCUACUCCCCGACCUGGAGUCUGCGCAGGAUCCCGAUUGCGAAAUACUCCGAGGAAGUGCAUGGGCAAGCAGAACUAGAAAAGUGCAUGGAUCUGAGGUGAAGGAUGUCCCGAUAGACUGGAAGAAAAAUAUAUCUACACAAGGAGCCGGAGGCAGGAACCGCUGUGCGCAUCGUUAUUUAGUUUGUUUAUCUACAGAAGUUCUCUGCAGUCAUGGCUAUCCCGUCGGUAUUUAGUAGGCCUACGCACUUAGUGUUAUUGUUUCAAUGCAUUGCCCUUUACAACGUUUAUGCUGCCCCGUCGCCCAUUAUCAGGUUUCCAGGAGACGACAGCACCCCCGUAACAGACAAAGAAGUUGCUCUGAAAUACUUGAACAAGUAUUACGGAUGCCCUAAAGACAGAUGCAACCUGAUGGUGCUGAAAGACAAACUGAAGGAGAUGCAGAAGUUCUACAAACUGCCCGAAACAGGAGAGAUCGACUCCAACACGGUGGAGAUCAUGAAGAAGCCCCGCUGCGGUGUUCCAGAUGUGGCCAAUUAUAACUUCUUCCACAGGAAGCCCCAGUGGCAGAAGAACGCCAUCACAUACAGGAUCCUAGGCCACAGCCCCGACCUGGACGAGGAGACCAUCAACGACGCCUUCUACAGGGCCUUCAAGGUGUGGAGCGACGUGACCCCGCUGACCUUCUCACGCCUAAUGGACGGAGAGGCAGACAUCAUGAUCAACUUCGGCCGCAACGAGCACGGAGACGGCUAUCCCUUUGACGGUAAAGACGGCCUCCUAGCUCACGCCUUCGCCCCAGGGCCGGGGAUCGGCGGGGACUCCCACUUUGAUGAUGAUGAGCAAUGGACCCUAGGGGAUGGCCAAGUGGUGAAGGUCAAGUUCGGCAACGCAGACGGGGAGUUCUGCAAGUUCCCGUUCCUGUUCCAGGGUAAAGAGUACAACUCCUGCACGCCACAGGGCCGGGACGAUGGCUUCCUGUGGUGCUCCACCACCUACGACUUCGACAACGACGCCAAAUAUGGCUUCUGUCCCCAUGAGCUGUUGUUCACCCUGGGGGGCAAUGCCGACGGCGCGCCCUGCAAGUUCCCCUUCACCUUCCAGGGGACCGUUUAUGACGGCUGCACCACCGAGGGCCGCGACGAUGGCUACCGCUGGUGUGGAACCACGGAGGACUACGACCGCGACACCAAGUACGGGUUCUGCCCAGAGACCGCAAUGUCAACGGUGGGGGGGAACUCUGAGGGGAGUCCGUGCGUGUUCCCCUUCACCUUCCUGGGGGACACCUACGAUGCCUGCACCGCCGCCGGCCGCAGCGACGGCAAGAUGUGGUGCGCCUCCACCAAGAGCUACGACGACGACCGCAAGUGGGGCUUCUGUCCCGACCAAGGCUACAGUCUGUUCCUGGUGGCAGCUCAUGAGUUUGGUCACGCCCUAGGCUUGGAGCACUCCCAGGACCCCGGGGCGCUGAUGGCCCCCGUCUACACCUACACCAAGAACUUCAAACUGCCCAACGACGACGUCAAAGGCAUCCAGGACCUCUACGGAAUCAGGACUGGGGGCAAGCCCCUGCCCCCCACCCAGGGUCCUGUGACCCCCAUGGACAUCUGCUCUGAGCCUGUGGUGUUCGACGCCGUGGCCCAGAUCAGAGGAGAGACCUUCUUCUUCAAGGACAGGUUCCUGUUCAGGUCGGUUAACUUCAGGAGCAAGCCAACAGGCCCAAUGCUGGUGGCCACCUACUGGUCCGACCUGCCAGGCAAGAUCGACGCGGCCUACGAAAACCCUCUGGAGGAGAAGACUGUGUUCUUUGCAGGAGACCAGAUGUGGGUCUACCGGGCGGAGCAGCUGGAGAGCGGCUACCCCAAGAGUAUCACCAGCCUGGACCUGCCCUCCGAUGUGGCGCAGAUCGACGCGGCCUUCAGCUUCAGGAAGAACCAAAAGACCUACCUGUUCAGCGGAGACAAGUUCUGGAGAUAUAACGAGGAGAAAAAGAAGAUGGAUGCCGGCUUCCCUAAACUCAUCGCUGACGCGUGGAACGGCAUCCCAGACGGAAUGGACGCUGCCUUCAGUCUCAACAACAUCGAUUACAGUUACUUCUUCAAGGGCGCCCACUAUUUCAAGUUGGACGACAGUAGCCUGAAGAUCGUGAAGCUGGGCGACAUCGGGAAGGACUGGCUCGGCUGCUAAACACUCGCAUUACGAACAACCGCCCCUUCCCGCCUUCCAGCCUUCCAACAUGAGAGACAUGUUACCGUCCCGUCCAUAUAACCCUGCCCUUUAGCUUAGUAGAACGAAGCUCUCGCCUUCUCUCAUUGGCUUUCCAGGCGACUGGAUAUGUUGUUUUACUGUGUGAUGUCAGCUCCUUGUUUGUUAUGCCGGUGCAUUUUUAACCCCUGUUUGUUGUUGUUUUGAAUUUGUGAAAUUUGUUUUUAAGAGGAUAAGACAUCAGGUAUGUCUACGGUACAUUGAUGCUGGCAGUGACGUAUUGUGUGUGACAUUUCGCCGUUGUAUUGCAAAUUAGGUUUUUCUGAAGAAUGUUCCAAACCAUGUGUUUUUGUGAUCCUAAAUCUUUUGAUCGUGUAUGAAGAUGAAUUGGUUUGUUUAGAACGUGUCAGUAAGUGUUUGUUUCGUUGUUUGUGUAAUGCUUUUGAAAAAAGAAAGAAUUUGCACAAUGUGUUUUGACCGAGAAUGGUGCUUUAGGGAAAUCGUUUCUUACAUAGUCCUGCAUAUAGUUUAUACUCCAGACCAUGUAUCUUAUAAAACUUACUUUUGAUCUGAAAGCCAAAAAAGUUGUAUUCAUAAUCAAUUCUUCCUUUGGUUAGCACUUUGUAUAGGACUUUUAAGGAAAUUGAAACAUGGAGACCAAAUUAUUAAAAUGACUGAUUUCGGUAGGCAUAGAUUAGAAGGCACAGGUUGCUUUUAUUAGACUGUAUAGGAUAUUACAAAUGUUUUUUUGUAUGAUGUCUUCAGAGCGCAAGAACUUAAGGAGGAAUCUUUAUUCCAUGCAUUUCCUAUCUUGGGAAAACACCUAACCAGUAUACAUUGUUUUGGUUCUGUUUUGCUUUUGCACUUUGUCAUCUGUCAUCAUUAAAGAUGAAUGGUCAACAUAA